AUGUCUGAUUUGGUAAAAUUUUUAGAGCAAAAUUCAGUAAAGUUUGUUGAUUUCCGCUUCACAGACUUAAUUGGGAAGGUUCAUAGUACUACAUAUAAUGCUGAUAGGCUAGAUGAAAACAAAAUAGAUCUAGUGCCAGAUUUACAAACAAUAUUUCUUGAUCCGUUUUGUGUGCAACCAACAGCUGUUGUACUAUGCAUGCAUGACUCACGGUCAGUAGCUAAGAAGGCGUAUGAUUAUUUUCUAUCAACAAAAAUAGCAGAUGAAGUUCUAUGUGGGUUUGAAAUAGGAUUUUCUAUUUUUGACGAAGUACAAUUCAGAGUUAGCCAAUACAAUUCGCAUGUAAGUUUGAGUCCUGUAGAAAAUUACUUGAGUGUAAAAAAACAUAAUCAUGGGAGUUUUGAUUCCACUUCUGCAAUGGAUCCAUUGUCUGAUUUAAGGUCAGAAAUAUUGCUAAUGAUGCAGGAAAGCGGUAUAGAAAAUUCACUAUAUCAUAAAAAAAUUUCACCUUUUCAAGGCUUAAUAAGAGUUGAUAGCAGUAGACUUUUGAAUUGUGCUGAUAGUGUGCAAAAAUCUAAAUAUGUAAUACGUAAUGUUGCUCAAUCUUAUGGCAAAACAGCAACUUUUAUGCCUAAGGCAAUAGCACAAAACAGCUUGUAUUUAUAUCAAUCACUGUUAAAAAACAACGAGGACUUAUUGAAGAAUCCUGAAAACUAUCUGUACUACAUGGGUGGAAUUAUAAAACACAUGAAAGCAAUUAAUGCUUAUUCCAAUCCAACUACAAAUAGCUAUAGUAGAUUGAUUGACCUACCAAAUCUUUUUUUACAAUCCAAAUUAUCUUUUCCGGAUCCAACGGCAAACCCUUAUUUCUGCUUUGCUGCUAUACUUAUGGCAGGUCUUGAUGGCAUACAAAAUAAAAUUAAUCUUAAUGAAAUAGAGAAACAAACCUCAAGGUCUUUAGGUGAAGCACUAGAAAUGUUGAGUAAUGAUAGAGAAUUUCUACUUAGAGGAGAAGUAUUUACCAACGAACAGAUUGACAAAUAUAUAGAAAAAAAGUGUGAAGAGAUAAAAAGCAUAGAAAUGGCUAUACAUCCUGCAGAGUUUAUACAUUAUUACAAUUUCUAGUCUUUUUUUUAACCUGGCUCUCUUUAGUUUUUCAGUUUUGGCUCUUGAAAUCUAAUUUAUAAGUGUUAUAUAACUUAAUAGAUUAGUUUGUUGUAUGAGGAGAAACAAAUGUUAAAUGUAAACUUAAGAGUAUUAGAUGAUAGUGUAUUAAUCAAACCUGUCAGUGAAGAAAAACAAGGUGGUAUUGUACUUCCGUCAAGUGCAGAAAAAAAACCAACAAAAGGUGAUGUUAUAGUGGUUGGUGAAGGUUCACGUAAUGCAAACGGUGAACGUACAGCCCUUACUGUUAAAGUCGGUGAUAAAGUAUUUUAUCGUCAAUGGGCUGGCACAGAAAUAGAACAUGAUGGUGAAAAGCUUAUUGUUAUGAAGGAAUCUGACAUAAUUGCUAUCAUCAAAUAA